AUGAGUACAUCUUUCAAUGGCAAUACUUUUGGUGGUAACAAUGUUAGAGAGAAUUCUAAUACGUUACUUGUAGAGUUGGCUGACUUAUUGAAUAUUAAGGAAAUUGAUGAUACAACUUUGCAAGUGUGCAUUAAACUUAUUGAUCAAGGUAUUGAUCCGCAACAGUUGGCUAACUAUAUAUUGAAAAUUAAUAAUGAAACUCGUUCGGUAUUAACUUAA